AUGUCUGCUAUUGAUUUAGCUAGGUCUAUUAAGAAAGCUUGUUCGCUUGAAGAGAGUGCACCAAAAAGAAAGCAUGUUAGAGCAUGUAUUGUCUAUACUUGGGACCAUAGUUCAGCUACGCAAUUCUUUUCAAUUGUGAAGUCUAUGCCAAUUGUGAAUGAUGAUGUGCAGUUGUUUAAAUGUUUGAUCCUUGUUCAUAAAGUGAUUCAAGAGGGACAUGGAAGUGCAUUAAAAGAAGGUAUUCGAAAUGCUGAAUGGAUUAGGUCGUUGGGCAGAGUUCACAGCGGCUCUUAUGGACCAUUGAUAAACCGUUAUUCCGAGUUUCUUUAUGACAAAAUGAUGUUUCAUGCAUCCCAUCGGGGGUUUAACAGUGGUACGUUUGAAUAUAAAGAAUAUACUUCGCUUGUUACAGCGAGUGAUCCCGAUGUUGGCUUUGAAACAUGUAUGGAUUUGAUGGAUUACCAAGAUGUUGUCUUUGAUCUCGCUGACAUGAUCCUGGCAUCCUUAGGGCGUGCGCGCAGUUCUGAAUUGAGAGUUAGUGCUUUAAUUCCAUUGGUGACUGAAACGUAUGGUGUCUAUCGCUUUGUCGGGCCUAUGUUACGUGCCAUCGCUGAUCAAGUCGGAGAUCGGGAAGCAAUCGAGCAUUUGACUCAGCGCUACAACGCUCAACACUCGAGGCUAUUUGAGUUUUAUGCCGAUUGUUCCUCCAUCAAAUACCUUACUACUUUAAUUAAUCUACCAAAGUUACCACCUAUGCGGUCGUCUCAACCAGUGCAGCCAGUGCAAUCAAUGCAGCCAGUGCAAUCAAUGCAAUCAGUGCAACCCAAAACUAUCCCUGCAGAUCAAAGACUUGCAAUUCACCUUGCUCUUCAGUCCGUCAGCCAUUUUCAGGAUCCGGUUUCCUUCUUUUCCAUAUCACAGCUUGCUAAUGAGAUAGCGACCUCUACGACACCAACCAUCCCGACCAUCAUCCAGUUGACCCACCAAAUCACAACACUACUACAACGCAAUCCAUCCCCCCUCCUCGCCCAAGCUUCUCAACUCUACUUCCAAGCAUUACUUUCCCCCUCCCAACAAGACAUCAUCAAUGCAAAUACAAAUCUACAAAAUCUUUUAAUUAACUCUCCCGCUCAUAUCUUUGAUCCACCCACUCCACAAACCCACACUUCGGCUUGA